GCAGUCAGCUAUGAAUAAGAAGAAGUAGUACAAGUUAAAGAGCUUUACAAGCUUCCUGAACUUUCUGUCAGUGACGUGUAUUAAAUAUGAAGAGGCAUGUAUCAUAUAUUUGCGGUUUCUUUUUGUCGUCUAACUAAAAUGUCUCCUCAUCAUAAUUUUACGGUUGCGUUGUCAAUGAGCUCACUGGUGUUUUGGAAGCUAGCUAGCUUGUGAAGCUAGCUGUCAUCGCUAGCCUCGCCUUGUUUUUGUUCUAUUUUGUGUCUUUUCCAAACGUUCUCGAGGACAAAACACAUGAACGUGUCCCUGGUGGUCAUCCGCCUGGAAAUAGCCGACCAGUCUCCAGCCCCGCAGGGCUUCCGAUACUCGGCCGCGGGCGACAUGUCCGAGGAGCAGCUGCAGGACAAAUCUUUGACCCUGGGCCGGCUGGCCCUGAGCGGCAAGACGGAGGCGGAGAGGAGCGCCGUGUUGCACCAGCACAUGGGCAGCAGGUCCAUGGGAGACAUGGUCAUCGAGACCUUUGAGCCCAGCCCGGACAAAGGCGGGGGUGACGAUCCAGAAGGUUGCGCGGAUCCCGAUGAGGACGCGGCGGCGGCGGCGGCGUCGUCUCCGGACUCGCCGUCCAAGCGGCUGCCGGAGCAAAUCUCCUUCUUCAGCGGGAACCCGUCGGUGGAGGUCGUGCACGGGAUCAUGCACCUCUACAAGACCGACAAGAUGACGUCCCUGACGGAGGACGUGGGGCGCAGCGCCAUGGUGUGCAUCCUGACUGUUCCCGCCGCCAUGACGAGUCACGACCUGAUGAAGCUGAUGGCGCCCUUCAACGACGUCAUGGAGCACAUGAAGAUCAUCCGGGACUCCACCCCCAACCAGUACAUGGUGCUCAUCAAGUUCAGCACGCAGGCGGACGCCGACAGCUUCUACACGGCGUGCAACGGCCGCCAGUUCAACUCCAUCGAGGAGGCGGUGUGCCAGCUGGUCUACGUGGAGCGCGCUGAGGUUUUCAAGUCGGAGGAGGGCGCCGGUUUGCCGGUGAUGGAGCUGACGGAGCUUCCCAAGUGCACGGUGUGUCUGGAGCGCAUGGACGAGUCGGUCAACGGCAUCCUCACCACGCUGUGCAACCACAGCUUCCACAGUCAGUGCCUGCAACGCUGGGAGGACGCGUCGUGUCCGGUGUGUCGCUACUGUCAAACUCCAGAGCCGGUGGAGGAGAACAAAUGCUUCGAGUGCGGCGUGCAGGAGAACCUGUGGAUCUGCCUGAUCUGCGGCCACAUCGGCUGCGGCCGCUACGUCAGCCGCCACGCCUACAAACACUUUGAGGAGACUCAGCACACCUACGCCAUGCAGCUCACCAACCACCGCGUCUGGGACUACGCCGGAGACAAUUACGUCCACCGGCUGGUGGCGAGCAAGACGGACGGCAAGAUGGUCCAGUACGAGUGCGAGGGCGACACCUGCCAGGCGGAGAAGGUGGACGCCCUGCAGCUGGAGUACUCGUACUUGCUGACCAGUCAGCUGGAGUCUCAGCGGGUCUACUGGGAGAACAAGAUUGCGCACCUGGAGAAGGACACGGCGGAGGAGGUGAACCACGACGUCAGCGGCGGCAACAGCAUUUUUCUGAUUGUUAUUGGGUGCCACUCGUGCGUGCGUGUGUGCGUGUGUGCGAGACAGAUCAACAACAUGAAGGCCAAGUUUAAGGAGACUUUGGAGCGCUGCGACAACCUGGAGCGCCGCCUGGGAGAAAUCAGCAAAGACAAGCAGAGCAUGGAGAAAAAGUGCACGCAGCUGAGCGGCCGCAUGACGAAACUCAGCCAGGAGCUGACGGAGGAGCAGGAGAUGAACAAAUGCCUGAGAGCCAAUCAGAUGCAGCUGCAGGCCCGACUGGCCGACGAGCAGCGCAGAGCCAAAGAGAGCGCCGAAGACGUUCGAGUAGCUAAAUUGCGGCGUUGCGUUCAGGCGAGCAGAAGGACCGGGUCGUGGCGGAGCUCCAGGACCAGCUGCGCGACGUCAUGUUCUACCUGGAGACGCAGCAGCACAUCCAGCAUCUCCCCGAGGAGACGCGCAGCGAAAUCCAGGAAGGCCAAAUCAACAUCGCGGCGGGGCCCGCGGCCGGCGGAGGCGGCGGCGGGCCCGCGGACGCCGUCGGCAGAGGACGCCGUGGCCGCGGCAGGAAGAGGAAGUAAAACUAUUUCAAGCUGUGGAUGAGGCUGUAAAAUCAACAUGGAAAUACAUCACUUCCAAAUCUAUUUGUGACCUUUUUUGCCUCUUUCACGCUGAGACGGACGAGCCUGCGCUCCCACGCCUCCGCCUUUCACGCCGCGAUUGUGUACGCUUUCAAAUCAAAUACGCUGGGCGGUACCUUGACUUUAUGGAAUAAAUCGGAACACCUUUUUUCCAUUCCAGUCCCCAAACAAACGUCGCCGUUUUUUGUUGUUUUUAAUCAAGAAAAAAUACCACUGUAUUGUAUUAAAAAGAAACAUAAUGCAGCGAAAUAAAAGACAUUGUAAAGUAGA